UAUGGGGCGCUGCGUUCGACGAAUUUUCGUUACGCAUGCGCACAAUUUAACCGUUUUCUAAACUACGCCGAUCACGCAUAUUUGCGCCUAAAAGCAAGCUGUUCCCGGUUCGACGUGAUAUUUUUGUGUUUUAAUUAUUUAUCAAAGUGCGUCGGAUUGGGUUGCGAUUUGUUAUUUUAAUAGUAUUUAGUUGUCCAAAUAACAAUCAGAAGUCAGCGAUUGAUUGGGAAUUGGGAGGAUUCGCAGCGAUGUUGUCAUCAUUGGGUUCUGACGACAGCUCUAAUCAGUUCGAAGAGGUGGAAUCAUGUUCUGAGUUAAGCGACGUAGAUUUAGAGCGACCAUCAACGAGUAAAAAAAAAACAUUACACUCCGUCAUGCCGCUGAGUGUUGGGGUUGAGUUUGCUUCCUACGCUGAACUUGAACAAUCGGUUUUGGCUUACGAAAAGAAAAAUUUUUGUAUUUUCUACAAACGUGACUGUUCAACUAUCGAUCAGUGCAGAAAGAGAGGUAUUUCAAGACUGCUCAAUGCUGAUUUGAAAUACUAUCGGUUAAGAUAUAGUUGUAUACACGGAGGAAAAAAUUUUAAAUCGUUGACGAGAGGCAUCCGGAAAUCUUCGACAUUUCAAAAACAAUGCCCGGCUAUGAUGUUCUUCAUUUGCAGCAGUGAUGGGAAGAAACUAGUUCUGCGAAAAAUGGUUGAUAAGCAUAAUCACAUCUGUUCAAAGAAACUGUAUGAUUUUUUGCCUCGAGUUCGAGCCAUGACAGCAAACGAAAAGAGUCAAGUCAAAAAUUUGUUGGCUCUCGGUGCAAAUAAAAAGUUAAUUGCACAAAAAGCUUUUUCAAAAUCCAAAAAACAAAUUUUGCUUAAAGAUUUGUCUAAUGUCAUGUCACGAAAAAGCGGCCAAAACAAUUUGAAAAAUACAAUCGAAAAACUGGAGAAAGAGUUUGGAGCUGAAUGUCAUGUACUCGAAGAAAAUCGAGAAAUGAAGGGUCUUUUUUUGCAACAACUGAAAUGA